AGAACAUCAAAAGUUUAUUAGAGUUUUUUUUGUGCAAAAUUUGCAAGUAGAAACUUUUUUAGCCAAGAUAAUUUCUUUCACAAUAAUUAGUAAAUAAAUUUAAAAAAAGACGCACAAACAUGGAACCCUAUAACCAGCCCGUUGUAAUUGAUAAUGGUUCUGGUAUGAUUAAAGCCGGCUUUGCUGGUGAGCACAUUCCAAAGUGCAGAUUUCCAAAUUAUGUUGGUCGUCCGAAACAUGUUCGUGUUAUGGCUGGUGCUUUGGAAGGCGAUCUCUUUGUGGGUCCAAAAGCCGAAGAACAUCGUGGUCUACUUAGUAUACGCUAUCCAAUGGAACAUGGCAUCGUAACUGAUUGGAAUGAUAUGGAACAUAUCUGGGGUUAUAUUUAUAGUAAAGAACAAUUAUCCACAUGUACCGAUGAACAUCCAGUAUUGUUGACAGAGGCUCCUCUAAAUCCUCGUAGGAAUCGCGAAAAGGCAGCCGAAUUCUUUUUUGAAGGUAUUAAUGCUCCUGCUCUUUUUGUUUCUAUGCAAGCCGUAUUAAGUCUAUACGCCACUGGUCGUGUAACGGGCGUAGUUUUGGAUUCAGGUGAUGGCGUUACACAUGCUGUACCCAUUUAUGAGGGAUUCGCUAUGCCACACAGCAUUAUGCGUGUAGAUAUUGCUGGUCGAGAUGUUUCACGCUACUUGAAGACACUCAUACGUAGAGAAGGUUUCAAUUUCCGCUCGACUGCUGAAUUUGAGAUUGUGCGCUCGAUUAAGGAGAAAGUCUGCUACUUAGCUACCAAUCCACAAAAGGAGGAAUCAGUGGAAACUGAAAAGUUCGCGUACACACUACCAGAUGGUAAAACAUUAGAGAUUGGACAAGCACGUUUCAGAGCACCCGAAGUGCUUUUCCGACCCGAUUUAUUGGGUGAGGAGUGUGAAGGCAUCCACGACGUUCUAAUGUAUGCCAUUGAAAAAUCCGAUAUGGAUCUCAGAAAAAUGCUCUAUCAGAAUAUUGUAUUAUCGGGUGGUUCUACACUUUUUAAGGGUUUCGGUGAUCGUUUAUUAUCUGAAUUGAGGAAACAUUCAGCUAAGGAUCUUAAGAUCAGAAUUGCCGCUCCACAAGAGCGUCUUUAUUCAACGUGGAUGGGUGGCUCCAUUUUGGCAUCACUUGAUACUUUCAAGAAAAUGUGGAUUUCUAAGCGCGAGUAUGAGGAAGAAGGCCAACGAGCAGUGCAUAAAAAGACUUUUUAGAGCAAUUAUACUCAUUAUUAUUUAUUGUACAAUGCUUGUAUUUCCCUCUUUUUUCCUUUUUAUUUCAUCCUUUUUUUAAUUAUCCUCCCUAAUUUUAAUUUCAUUCAAUUUGCGUGUUUAUGAAAGAAUUUAAGCUAAAAAGAUUACUAAAAUUUCUAUCAACUAACUGAUCUAGUUAUUUAUUUUAAACUUGUCUAAUUGUGUAAAAAGCAAAACAAAGAGCAUUCAAAUUUAAACAGCUAUUGGAAAUUAUUACUUAAAUACUUAAUUAAACAAACAUCUUUAAUAUAACCAUGUAUUAAGAAGACUCAAAGAAACAAAAAAAAUAUUCGAAAUCUCUGUGCUUGUGCUUUGUUUGUAUAUUCUAAGACAAAAGAAUUUCGAAAUAAAUUUCCUUAACCAAAAUAGCAUUUAGGCACAAUGUCUCUACUUAAAGUAACAACAACAAAAAGUGGUAUUAAAAAAUAUACAAUUUCAUAUUGGAUUGUGAAAUAAAUAAA